ACCGCGUACGACUGCGCCCCGAAGCAGUACCGCGCGCAGUUCGUUUGCGCGUUGUCACGGGCGGCUUGGCUGGAGGAGGCCACCGGCGAGCUCAUGCGGGACGAGUGGGCGCUGGUCUUCGGGAUGUUCCCCGAGAUCCCGCAGUGGCGCUUGCUCGAGACGCAGCUCCGCGAGAAGACCUGGGCCGAGGACGCGCCCGCCGCCUCCGGCAGAGAGGAGGGCCGCAGCCAGAGCAGGAGCCGCUCUCGGCGGCGCAAGAGCCGCAGCCGCAGCCGCAGCCGCAGACGCAGGCGCAGCCGCAGCCGCAGCCGCAGCCGCUCGCGCAGGAGGCGCAGGUCGCGCGAGCGGCCGAAGGAGGAGCCUGCCGCCGCGCCACCCAAGGUGGACCCCGCAGUCGUGGCCGCCUCGUCAGCGAGGUGGGCGUUCGUGCCUGCAGCCCGGGGGCGGUCGGAUUGCUGGCCGUCGGGGAAGGCAUGAUAGGGGCCACCGUCGAGGGCCUCUACGUCUACGACAGGCGAAAGAAGAGUAUCCAUGGCGUCUGGGCAAGCGUCACUCCACCCCCUGGAGUGGUGCACAUCGAUUUCGAGGUGAGGAUGCUGGUGCAGGAAUUCCAGAUCGAUGACCCCACCGCGAUCGAGAAGCUCCUGGCCCACUGCCUCAACAGACCGAACACGAAGAGCGAUGACAUCGCCAACAUUCGGAGGCUUUGCAAGCAGGGCGGGGACCCCAACGACAUCGUGAACAGGCAGAUGGAGGAGCUGGUCGAGAGGACGAACCAGAUGAUGAUGGCCAAAGGACUCGGCCUUUGA